UGCGCAGCCAAAAUCCACGUCGUCGCCCCUUUUGUUUUGACGCAUGUCUCGGAGUCGACACGGCGCCGGUUUGCUUCUGUCACUUCCAGUCUUUGAGGUGAACUAACUUCAAUGUUCGGGGAAAUCUUCCACUGCGUAUGACCUCAGCAACAACCUGUACACUACGCGGAGGAACACAUCCAGUAUUGCAUCAAAGAGCGCAGCGACCACCUAGCUUAUCUCACGUGCAGGAAACUUCGUCACUGUAACAUUCCUGUUUGCUCGAGUCAUCCUCCUGACGUCACUUCCGCUAUGCAAGCACGUGGUAACUCAAAUACGGGCGAAGAUGCCAUUAAAAGAAGGCGGGACGACGAUUAUGGUCACAGCGGAGUUUGUCUUCGAGAAACCCCUGCUGGGAAUAUCCCAAGGUGUUCUACGCCUCCACAGGCAUUCGGUGUUCGUAGGCUUCUAUGAAACUAACGUACAUAGCAGACGAUGCAGAACAAGUCAGCCUUGCAUUCGAGACAUGUCUCUCCGUGCCGUUGAAAACGACUUAACUUGACAGCGAGCGACUCCGCGCUGCAGGAGCGUCAGUCCUGACCUUGCCACGCGCCUCGACGGGUGCUUUGAAACUUUGGCCUCGUCUUAUCUUCAUAGACUUCAACUUAUUUCUGUGAUAUUAACGCAUUUGUACGCCCCCCACUGCUGAGGACCGCUUGCCGAACCGUUCUUCUGCUCCUUCUGUGACGAGCCGUGACAUCCAGGUCCUCUUUAUCGCUUCGAUCGGGACUUCGUGCACGUCACCUGACGAUAUCUCAUCGUUCUGCGUCGGCGAAAAAAAGAACUGCCACAACCACCACCUGGAGCUCGAAGAGGAAAUUCUCAUCAUCCGCGCAUGUUUCUCUGUCCCGAUAAGGGCAAGUUUCCCGGGCAGCCUGUUGGAUGCUACAACGAGCCAGCAUUUAGUUGUUUUUUUUUUUUUUCUGCAACAUAUGACGCUGUUCCUGAUUAUCGCGUCUUGAUUGCCAAAGACCAAGAAGCAAAAACUACUUCCCUCGCCGCGCAAGCGACGCAUCUUUGACUAUAGGCUCUGCAAACGGUGACCAUGAAACACCAGCGCGCCGCGUCCGAGACUGUUAUUCUGUGUUGUGUGUGUUUUCUCCUCGUGCAUCUAGAGAGUGUAGAGGCGCAUCGUAACCGGACGGAAGGCCUGCCGGUUGUGUUUCCGGAUGACAACGAAAGUGUCGGCGGAUCGACGAGGAACGGUGGACGUGGUAGACCGUCGACGAGGGUCAAUAACCCACAGCACCAAACGCACAGCGAGAUUCCGGACUCUCUGCUGUAUCGCAUGCGCAACGUGCGAAACCUCACAGACUUCGUGAGCCAAUUCUUAGACGGCUACAAUGAACUGGGCGCCGAUGAUUCUUCCGGUGAACUGCCGUCGAUUCUUGGCAAAAAGGGACCAGGAGCUGACGGCGGGCCAAUCAUCGCACACGCAUUCGUCCCCGCAGUGAAUAUUCCAGACCCUGAACCGGGAAACUGCAUGCCCACCAAGCAGCUCGUCGAGUUCCCUAAGCCUACCGACCCAUCCACUAUUCUCUGGCCUCCCUGCACACGGGUGACACGCUGCGGGGGUUGCUGUCCCAGCGCAAUCCUCACCUGCACGCCCACUAAGACCACUAACAUGACCUACAAGGUGAUCAAGGCUCAGUACCCGAAGCCAGGAGCCACCAAGUUCAACUUCAUCGGCCACGAGAUCGUGACUCUGGAAAGGCACGAUCGCUGCGGUUGCGAGUGCAAACAGAAGCCUUCCGACUGUAACAGAAUGCAGCGCUACGAGGAAUGUCGCUGUCUGUGUCGCAACACCGCUGACAUGGAGAACUGUCAGGGUGCUUCAGUCGUCUGGGACCACACAGUGUGCAGGUGUAUGUGCAGGGAUUACUCUGAGUGUUCUACAGGGUUCUACUACAACCCCAGGUCCUGCAAGUGCGAGACGUUGAGACGUGCCAGGUUAUCGGCUCGGGUACUGCCUCUUCCAAAACUGGUCAGUCCUUACACGGACAACCGCGAAAGCGAGCAGACGAGGAACCAUUUUUUGGACAUGGCAGCGCACGAUGACGUCCCACGUCAUCUCUCGCCGCUGCAGUUAUCCAGUGGUGCCACAAGUGCAGACCAUAGCGACCUUAGGCCCAACUCUACCAGCAUCAGGCCUACGGUGGCAAGCCCUGCGUCGGCUUCGAGCAGAAGUCUGAGGAACGGCAGAUAGCGUGUUUCUUUCUUGCAAGCGCAGACUUGACAAUUAUGGUCACUUCAUGUCCUCCACUACGCAGAGUACGUGAUAGUACCUAUCGAGUACGUGGAGUACGUGCUGGCUUCUGUUAUCGAGCGACGACAAAGUAGCCGCGCUGUUAUCGGCGGUGCUUCAACGUAGGCUAUGUAAAAAUAUGAGCCUUUCGAGUUAUAUCUCCUUUUUUUUUUAUCUUGCAAUGGCCCGUCACGGCUGAUACGUGAAGAUAAGACAACUGAAACAGUCGAGUUUGUUCAAAGGCAUAUUUUCAUACAGUGAAGCUGAGAUAGCGCCGAGGGUUCUGGAAAUGUUUUGUGACGUCACCCUGUGAUGUUAUGAAGAGAUUAGAAGGCACACUUAUAGAGAUUAACUGAGUGCGUAUGGUGCCAAGCGACCGGAGCAUCUGCUUGCUAAACUCCACACCGUCUUAUAGAAAUGCCUUGAUGCUUCGUACAGUGCAGGAAGGGGGCCCCAUAUAAUGUGCAUUUAGAACUUUGAACAAUUGAGACCUUCCAGGACGCUGUGUGUGUCCCCACCUGUCGUCAUGUGCGCCCCUUUGUGAAGCAAUAUUUUAUGACACAUCUCAACCGUGCUAUAUGUGACUGAGAACUUGUGAAAUACCUGCGCCGUCUCUUCGGAACUAUUUUCCGACGCAACACGCGACACUCGGGGCAAAUCUUCUGAGAUUCCAGAAGGCCCAUGAUUGGAGCAGUGACUAUAUAGUGCUAUGUGAGCACCGCUACCGCGCGUGAAUUAAAAUUGAAAGCGUCAACAGACCGUUCUUUUGGUUUGCUGAAUAAAGCUAUCUAUUUUGCUAAGCCACA